AACGGAACCAAACUGUCGAUGCGCUUUGUUCGCGUUCGACGCGGUUCGAUGUUUCGCAAUCAGUUUUCCGAGUCCGAUGUGAUUUUUUUGUUUCAAAUCCACUUUGCAGCGGCUGAUGAGUCGACGUCUGCCAGAGCACCGGGAGAAGUGCAACCAUGUCGCGAAUAUCGGAGAGAAUUUGCGGCAUCCUGAUGCUGGCCAAUAGCUCGAGAGUGACUGAUAAGAGAAAAUGUGUAACUGAACUGCUGGAUGCAUAUAAAAAUGACGACGUUAUUGCAGAGAUAUCCCAGAAUACAGAGAUGAAAGUUCAAGGGAAGGCCACCUGGCCCUGUAUUAUAGACAUUGUUCACAAGCUGAUUAUUGAUGAAGCAGAGAAGCCUCGUAAAGAGACGGCCAAGAACAAUGACAGGCAAUCUCUCAUUAGUCUGAUGAUCGACACGAUUCGUCGAUCCAGCGAAACAUCAUCAUAUCAUCUGAGAAGCAACGACAUAGUCGCGUUAAUAUUGCAGAUAUUGGACUCUAAGGUCUACGUGUAUUAUCAGGAUACAUAUUUGAGAAUAUUGGUGAAAUAUAUACUGCCCAAGAAUGCGAAUCACAGUAAUGUCGCGGCGAGUCAAUGGAGCGAGCUGUUGAACGUUUGCACCAAGCUGUACAAAAAGGCACAUCUUCAGAGCCACAUCGUGUUGGACGCGUUGCAGAUGAUCGUCGAUUAUUCCUCCUUCCACACGAAUUUACUUCUUUCGUCCGUAAAGAGCUUACCGUUAUUUCUGGAAACUAUCUCCAAAGAUGUGAUCCAAGAUGCUCGUGCCGGCAACGAGCAGCUGACAGAGUCCUUCUGCAAGCUGAGCGCCAGCGUAUGCAGGCAAAUCACGACGGAGUCCAGAAUCAUGCUUUGCAAGUUUAGCGAGGGCAUAUCGAUGGAUAUCUUGCGUUUGAACGGCUUUGAGGAAAAGUAUAGGCUGUUGUUGAUCUUCCUACAGAUUCACCAUCCGGACGGUAUCUCUAGGCAAGAAAACGGCGCUUAUGCAUUCAACUGGAAUAAGUGGAGGGAUUUGCUGCGUAGCAUGUAUCUGCUUAUUCUGGAGAACUGCAAAUUGGACGUGCAAUGGCGCAGUUUUAUCCAGUUUGCCAGUGAAGUCAUAAAACAGAUGGUGGACAACUCGACAAAUUUCACUUGCUCUGUCGACGCCUCUUAUUCUCAAGCCAAACGAAGACGAAUUGUGAACAGAAUUGAAAACGUCGUCGACCUGAUAACGGAGAGCAAUCCCGAGGAAGUGUGGUCGUUGCUAAAAAUUCUGACUGAAACAUUAAGGAAGUAUCCCCAGUGCCUGAGACCGCAGGAUCUCGCGCCUUUGCUGCAACGCCUGACAGAGCUCGCUGUGUCCCGCGACGAAUCCGUCAUGAACAAUUUGUACAAUCUGGCUGCUGUGCUCAUGGAGAACGAGAUGUCCAAUGGAGAUGAAGUACAGGACGCCACCAUUCACUGGAACAAGAUCUGGGACAUGCUGCUUAGAUCUCUGGGGGCAAACCAGAACGAGGAGUCGGGCCAUUUGUUAAUCCGCCACUUCAUAAAAUACAACAGGCUGCCGAACGCGAACGCUCUCCUCAGGUUAUACCUGACCAAGACGAUCCGCUGGUCGCCGAACAGCGUGCACACGCUGCAACAGCUGUGCGAGCGUGUCACCCUGCCGACGGACGCGUCCACGUCGGUGCUGGAUUCGUCGCCCUCGAUGAUAACGGAGCCGAUUUGCGACCGAACGCGCCUUCUGGAGUGGCUGCUGAAUAUACCGUGGCAGAAGCAGGCAACGCGACUGUCCGUCGAGACUGUCGAGGACAUCUGCGCGUUGUCGGUGAACCUCGUUCAGCGAUCUCGUCACAGACCGAGCACCACCAAGACGGAGCAGGGAUCCUCGCAGAAUCGCGAGAAAGCGCGUGCGAUCGCUUUCGUGCCGCAUCGAGACAUCCACUCGACAGAUCUCCCGCAACUCUGUCACGCGUCCUUGACGUUCAAGGUGGAGCUGUCGGUGAAGCACUCGAAGAGCAGGCAUGUCGAACGAGAUUCCGGGACGGUGUCCGACACGGGAAACUCCAUCUUCUACGUGCAGGAGGUGUUCAACUUUCUGAUGAAGCGGACGCACAGCAUUAUUCAAGAGGAAGGUUCGAACGACGAGAAUAAGUUCGAAAUCUACAUCGUACUGAUGAAGCUCGCGCUCGUGGCGAGAUUACUGUCCGCAUUGAAGCAGCUGAACAUUCUCACGGCGGAGGAUACCGCCGGCCACUGUCCGCUGAUCGAUGCGAUGGAGAAGCAAUUGAAAUGCAGUUUCGAUUCUUUGGCGAAAAUCGUCUGGGGCAGAUAUAAGCCCAUCUACCUGAGCAUAGCCAGAGCAUUGAGAAUGCUCUAUGGAGCGACCUACGAUACGGAAAUCGCUAAAAUAAUCGUCUCUGCGUCUACGAUGGACAUGAUAAAAAACAUAUUCGAUAUGCUGAAUCUACAGGACGACAAUUAUCACAAUUACGAUUAUUACGAGGAUCAUAACACUUACCAGGGAAGACGCAAGCGCUCCGCCUGCAGCAUGUAUCUGGACACGUCGGACCCGAAGCCGAGCUUUCCGCGCGAGGACGCGAUUCAUCUGCAGAUCGUGGAGACCCUGUCGUCCUUCUGCGCUCUGCACGUCGACGCGGAUCGCAGCAAGACCUCGUUGCAGAAUAAGAUGCAGAACAAUCUGCUGACCACGCAGUGGGACUUGACGAGCUACGUGGACUCCGGGAUAUCGCUGUUGAUCCUCGAGUUGCUCGUUGCGCGCAAUCACGACGAGAUCCAGCGCGAUUACGCGGAUUUGCCGUUGAAAUUUCUGCUGGAGAUGUGCCGCUACGCCGGAGAGAAGAGUUGCAGAGACGCGGAAUCGUUGCGACGGCUGUUGAAUCUGCUACCGUACUUCUUCGAGUACGCGAUCAAAUUACCCGGCUAUUCGCCCAAGGAGCUCGUCCAUGCGCUCGAACAGCUUCACGAUCGUAUUUAUCGUAAGCGAAACUGCAGCGUUCUCGUGCACGCGAGCUACAUGGAGUGCGCGUGCGGCUACGUGCGAAUCGAUCCAGACUUCUCGUGGAGUCGCGUCUCCGACGACUACGACCACGACGUUCUGACGAUACUGGACAGCGUCCUCUGUUACAUCAGCGAUACGCUCUUCGUGCUCCGUUCGCAAGCGGUACAAUGCCUGCAGGAGCUCCUGUCCUUCAGAAACAUCGCUCAUAAAUGGCAGGAACGGAUCUUCGUCAAGGUGGAGGAAGAAGUGUUCAAGCUGCUCGACGAGACGGCCCAACAAUCGAAUUCCGAUUUGCAGAACAGUCUGAUGGAGAGUCAACUGCAGGAUGAAAAAGAAACGAGGACGGCCACCGCGUUGAUCGCGCUGGCCUCCGUGGCGUGUGCAAGCGGAGUUCUUCAGGGUCGCGCCCUGUACAGAAUGUUGCGAUUAACGAUAGAGAAGGAGGUGAACAUACAGAUGGUACAGAAAGUCCUCUCGACAGCGGCGCAAUACACGACGACGUACGAGUCGCUCGUCAAGGAUAACUUGAAUUAUUUGCUGACCUCCUGGCUCGAGGAUGCGCAUUAUCCAUUGCAGACCUUUCCAUGGACGCUCGUAGGAUGCGAGACCGUCGGCGAGUUCUUUAAAAAUAAUAUCAACUGCAUCGUCCCAGUUCUAACUCGCAUUUCGGACAUCGGCGAGGCCAUGUCCUUCUGCACGGAGCGUGCCGAUGCGGCCUUCCACGAGAUCUUCGAGGACGUCUUUCCGUCCUGCUUCGUGUGGCUGAUAUCGCGCGCCAUUGUAUUUGAUGUCGAAGCCAUCGAGACAAUGCGCAAGAUGAUGAAUAACACGGAUGAGUUCGCGAACACGUGCAAUUUCAAGCAGAUGUACCGUUCCCAUCUGCAGGACGUUCUCGUGGAACUGAUACGGCGGCUGCACGACGAGGACGACUUUGGCCGCGUUCUCUCGAUCCCGUCCGCGUGCUUCCCGGCGACGGAUCCGCCGCAUUUCUCACGUGGCGCACUGGAUAUGUGCUUCGAUUAUCUGGAGAAGCGCAAUUUCCUGAACACCCGCACGCUGGUCGAGCAACAACCGGGGACGCUGCAAGGAACGCUGUUACGGCUCGCGAGCGCCGUACACUCGUCGCGCUCGCGCGAGGGUAAGCUCAAGCGGCUGCAUCAGUACACGUACUUCUGCUCGCGGUUGACGGACGAGCUGGCGAGUCCCGCCUUCGACGAGAUGGCCGCGUUCCUGAUCCGCGAUGUGUGCUACAGCUUGUUGCAUCUCACCAGGAGCGGCGGUGAGGACGGCGACGAGGUGCUCGUCGCGGCGUGCUGCAAGUUCCUGGAUACGUUCCUGCGACGAGCGCUGCCCGCGAGAGCCGCGGAGGUCCGGGACGUUCUACGAUUCAUCGUGACGAACCUGAUCGGUCUGGUGCAGUCGGAUACGAGUGGCGUCAGCGAGAUCGCCGCGAGUCUGCUCGAGUAUCUCGUGGUGGAGCAGAGAGACGUGCUGCGAGAGGCCAUCGCGAAACUCGGCUCGUUUCCGAAUCACGGGAUCUUCCGGGACGUGAGGAAGGCGCACAACGCCAUCAGAUCGAAGGACGGAUCCGCGCUUUGCCUCGAGGACGAGCUGGAGCGUUUCCUGGACGCCAUGAGCGAGGAGAACGUCGAGUGCACGCUGGAGGAUCUCGCGAAUUUCACGCAGCAGUUGUCGACAAGGAAAAGUGAGCUGCGGGAAAUACACCGGAAGUUAGAGAGGCCAUAUCCCGAGGAUGGCGCUGGUAUUCUGCACCGGCUAAUAUUCAGACUCAUCAAGCUGACGGAAUCGUCUAAUCCGCACGUGUCAAUGGAGGCCACCAAAUGCCUUGGCGAACUAGGCCCGAUAGACUCGACAGUGGCUCUGCGACCGGUCGGAAGUCUCGUCCAAGAAGCGGACUUCGCGAUAGAGGCUCUGACCUAUCGAUCUAUCGCGAUGUUAACGAGCUUUCUCGUGGAAAAUUCGGUGGAACUUCGCAAGGUAAGCGCCGAUGCCCUUUACUCGGUGCUGUCAACCACCUACGGCCAAAAACUAGUUGACCCCGAGUACUCAAAGAACUUGUCGAACGCCUUCGAGUGCGCACCUCUGAAGAUCGACUAUAUCCGACCAUUUGCUCGUAACCGUGCUGUCAAGCAGACGUCCUUUUACGUGGACGCCGCGAGAUUUCGCGUCGUAAUGAAUCCGGAAAAUCCGCUGUGGACGGUCAGUGGCGGAAGUUACGCCGAGUGGAUCAUCAAGAUCACCUGCAGUGUCGCCGAAUGCUUCGCGGACUCCUACCUGGAGCACUUCCUGUCGGUUUGCCGACUUAGCGUCGAAUUCUGCGAGCUGAUUCUGCCAAGAAUCGUUUACCUCGUUAUCGAUAAAAACGACAGCUUCAUCGGCGCCAUGUGUGAUUGCGUCAAUCAAUUCUUCAGGAAACAUUUUGCGAUCAACGAGGCGGAGACCACCGUAUCGCCGACGUCGAAAGGCGACAGCUGCGACCAGAAGAUCGUACGCCGCAUGCUGGACGUGGUGAACCACGUGCGCGCCCAGCUGCCGGACGGCGCGAUCUUAAGACUCGAGUACGUCUACCUGGCCAGGGCGGCGCACAAGUGCUCCGCGUACUACACGGCCCUGCUGUUCGCGCAACUCGCCUGCGGGUCGAUCUCAACGGGCUAUCCGGACUUCAGCAGUGACCCGAGAAUCGACUACAUCUACGAACGCCAGCCGGAGAUCGGCCGGGUGCUGCAGAACAUCAUGCUGGACACGUACUUGAACAUCAGCGAUCCGGACGCCAAAUCCGGCGCCGGGUCGUCGCACGUGCUUGAUCACGACUCCCGCGUGCAAUACUACGCCCGCACCAAUCGCUGGAAUGAGGUCAUGCUCGCGCAGGACAUCGAGCUGUCCCACAAUCCCUCGUCGCUGACGAACGCCAGGGUGGAGAUGGCAAAGGCGCUGCACCACUCGGGACUGCAAUUUCUGCAAUUGCAAUUUUUGGGCGGUAAUUUGGAUGAGAAAUUCAGUUACGAAUGCGCCUGGAGACUCGGCAAGUGGGACCUACCCGCCAACGACGCCACCGUUGCCAGUUACAACGACUUCCAAUCUCAGCAGUUGCGACUGGAGUCACUGGAGAACGCGUUCCAUGUGCACCACUACCACGCGCUAAAGUGCUUCCACGAGAGCGACCGGCGGGGCACGGAUCGGGCGAUCGAGUGCGGCCGUAUGAGCGUGAUCCACGAGCUGCGAGUGAUCAGCCCGGAGAGCAGCAAAACGAUCAAUCAGAAGCUGUCGCAAUUGCGGCUGCUGCGCGAGAUCGAGCAGCUGAGCUGGGCAGCUGAUUCCCCGGAAGAGACGUAUCCGGUGAUUUUGCGACGCUGGAACCAAAUCAGCCUGAUCGGUCAGUUCGAUCACGUCGAACCGAUCUUGUGGCAGCGUAUCGUCAUGUGCCGCAUCCGUGAGCCCCUACGAACGGAUGCGAAUGUGCAGGAGGCAUUUUUUGCCACUUGCCUGGAUCUGGCGAAGAUCGCGGAGGAUCAGGGAAACUUCUCGGUGGCCACCCGAGCGUUGGGAACUCUCAAGUUGCACCAAAAUCUACCUACGAAUCUGGAGAACCAACUGCUCUAUCAAGAAUCGCUCUUGGAAUGGAUGAAAGGCGAGCAGGUGAUAGCACGCCGUCUGUUACGGAGCCUGAUCGAGAGGAAGGAUCCGAAGCCAAGUCUGAGAGCCAAGGCUCUGCGGGUCUAUGGUGACUGGAUGGCGGAGACCAAGUCUGAAAAUCCUCAGGCGGUGAUACAAAAGUAUUACUUGGUGUCCAUUGAGACCAGCGAGGCUAUCCACAAGCCGACACCAGAUGUAGUAAAAAAUUUACACGAUACACAGGUUGCACUGGCGCGCUUUGCCGAUGCACAGUAUCAGCAAAUUAGUAUGUACAUGAACUCGCCAACGUACGAGGCACUGAAGGAAUACGCUUGCAGCAGCGCGGAUAAGGUGGACCACGCGCAAAUGAAGAACCAAUACUUGAAGCGCGCCAUGAUGAUCAAUCAGAGGCAAACGUCGAACGACGCGGCCGAGCUGAAGAAUAUCGAGCAGGAGAGGCGCAACUAUCUCGCGCAGGCUCUGAAGUACUACCUGAAGACGCUGAGCAGCAGUGAGGAGCACGACCUGCUGAUCUUCCGACUGGUGGCACUCUGGCUGGACAACAUAUACGACGACGAGGUGAACAAGAAUCUGCUGGCCAAUCUGGAUACCGUGCCGUCGUUCAAGUUCGUGCCGCUGGUGCCGCAGCUGGCCGCUCACAUAAGCAACGACACCACGCAGCAGCAUAGCUUCUCCGCACGGAUCUUCCGGAUCCUCAAACGAUGCGCCCUGGAACACCCGUAUCACACGCUGCCCGUGGUGCUGGCGCUGAAGAAUUUGCACAGCGACGACGAGUACGACGCGAGCUCGACGGUCACGAGGAAGGAGGAGCGUCGCGUGCUAGGUGCCAAGAAGCUCCUUGGCCAACUGGCCGACUCCCCUGUGCGAGCGAUCAUUCACGAAAUGGAAAACCUGUCGCGGGCGCUGCUGAGUUUCGCCUAUUGGCAACCCAAGGGCAAAUGCGUUCCCAAUGAACGCAACUCGAUAUCGCGGGAUCAGCCAAUAACCAAGAUCAAGAAUCUGAACAACGUUCUCCUACCGACCCUGAGUCUACCCGUGAGCCGAUCGCGCAACUACGACAACGUGGUUGGCGUGCGUUCGUAUCAGAAUUCCUACGAGUUUGUCGGCGGCGUGAACGCGCCCAAGAAGAUCAUCUGCAACGGGACCGACGGCGUGCAGCGCCGGCAGUUGGUCAAGGGGAAGGACGACCUACGGCAGGACGCGGUGAUGCAGCAGGUCUUUACCGUGAUGAACACGCUGCUGCGCACGUGUAAGGAGACGCAACGGCGGAAUCUACGUAUCAGAACGUACAAAGUGGUGCCGCUGACGCAGAGGUCGGGUGUGCUGGAGUGGUGCGACAACACGUUGCCGAUCACGGCGACUCUGGUGAGCAGCCCGGACGCGCCCGGUUUGCACAAAAAGUAUUAUCCGCGGGACCUAACCGCGGAUGCGGCCAGGAACAAGUUGAAGAACGUCGCGCAAGAAUCAAACGAGGUUAAAUUGAAAGUCUUCCUCGAGUGCUGCAAACGUAUGAAGCCGGCGUUCCAUCAUUUCUUCGAGGAAAAGUAUCGAUCGCCCGAGACCUGGGUCGAGCGAACGCUCACGUAUACACGCAGCGUCGCCACCACGUCCAUCGCGGGUUACAUUCUGGGCCUCGGCGACAGACAUCUGAGUAACAUCCUGAUCGACGAGCGCACCGCCGAAGUGGUGCACAUCGAUUUUGGGGUGGCUUUCGAGCAGGGCAAGCUCCUGCCCAUUCCAGAGACAAUUCCUUUCAGACUAACCAGGGACAUCGAGGUCGCCAUGGGCGCCUCUGGCAUCGAGGGCACCAUGAGGCGCAGCUGCGAGGUGACAAUGACCAUGCUGCGCGAUCAGAGACAGAUUAUCAUCACCCUCCUUCAAGUUCUGCUGUACGAUCCGCUCUAUUCGUGGGCGAUCACGCCGGAGAAGGCCUGCAAGAUGCAGAGCGACGUCGUGAAACGUUUCUCGGAGAACAGCGGACGAGUACCUGCGGAAACCAACACGAUCGCCAAAAGGGCGCUCUUGAGGAUCGAGCAGAAGCUGCAAGGCACCGAGGACUGCCUGGUGUCCAGCGUUCCCGGCCAGGUGGAGAGGCUUCUGCAGGAGGCGCGGGACCCCGCGAAUCUGUGCCGGGUUUACUGCGGCUGGCAGCCGUACUUGUGAAAAAAACCAGUGAACGUUUUAUACAGUAAAUACUCGUAGGAUAAGUUUUUUUAUACCUAAUUUAUAAUGUACAUUCGAAAGUGUCUUUUUUUAUAUCUACUACGAUUUUUAUAACGAAGUAAAGUUCCUCUCUUUU